CGUUACCUCGGGAUCCAAUCUAAUUAUCUUUAGAUGGAUGUAGAGCCCUGUACUAUUUUGUCAGUAGAUUCUCUAAAAGAAAGUGACAAGGCUUCUGUAUCCCUACCUGUACAUGAUGAGUUUAGCGACCGCGGGCAAGUGGACAACCAGGCGGUUGUUGAGUCCUGCUCAGCAGCGAUGUUUCUCCAAAGCACCUUGCAGAUGCAGCAGCAAUCGUGCCAUUAGUGAAGCAAACAACACUCCUCAUCUCAGCUUCCGAUCGUUCAUAUCUGCCCUGCGUGAGCAAGGAGACUUGGUGGACGUUAAGGAACCAGUAUCAGCCGACCUGGAAGCUGCCGCAGUAACUCGUCGAGUAUAUGAGAAGCGCGCACCAGCACCGCUUUUCCACGAUGUUAUAGGUACAGAUCCUAAAACCGGCCUCUUUCGGAUUCUAGGAGCUCCAGUUGGACUCCGUAAGAAUAAGAAGGACCAGUAUGGACGUCUGGCAUUACAACUGGGUCUUCCCGCAACAAGCACCGCGCGGGAGAUUGUUGAGAAGAUGAUCGCGGCCAAAGAAGGCACUCCCCUGCCUCCGGUAGUUGUGGACAGAGCAGAUGCACCAUGCAAAGAAAAUAUCCUUAAGGGCAGUGAGGUUGAUAUGACUAAGUGGCCCAUUCCACGUCUACAUGAACUCGACGGUGGUAACUACCUCGCUACAUACGGCUUUCACAUCGUCCAGACCCCUGAUAAGUCUUGGGUGUCGUGGUCCAUUUCGCGGGCAAUGCACCUUGCUGGGGAGCCACGGGCACUUACUGCUCCUGUCUUGAAAGGCCAACACAUCCAUGCCGUGAGACAGAGAUGGAUUGAUGCUGGAGAGGAGAAGACUCCUUGGGCGUUAGUAUUGGGCGGUCCUCCUGCAGCAGCCUUCGUGGCAGGCAUGCCUCUUCCAUACGAAGUCAAUGAGGACGGUUAUGUGGGAGCACUUUCAGGGUCUCCCUUAGAGGUCGUUAAAUGCGAGACGAACGAUCUAUAUGUGCCGGCAAACUCGGAGAUUGUUCUGGAAGGUCACAUUUCCAACUCCAAAACAGUUCCUGAAGGUCCCAUGGGCGAGUACCAUGGCUAUGCCUUCAAAGAUAAGCCUGUCAUGAAACCACUCUUCCAUGUCGACUGUGUUACCUACCGAAAGAAUCCGGUGGUACCCAUCUGCGUUGCUGGUCUGCCGCCAGACGAGACGCACACAGUCUGGGGGCCAUCUAUUUCCGCAGAAUUACUCUCAGCAUUGCGCAAAGCUGGCUUCCCAGUGAAUUUCGUUUGGCUCCCACUCGAAGCAUUGUGCAUCUGGAUCUUCGUUAGCGUCGAUACCAAGAAGCUUGCGAGCAUGAACAUCUCCCCAGAAGAACUUUGCAAGCGUGCGGGAGAGCUCAUAUUCGGCACACACGCUGGCUGGGAGAUCCCGAAAGUGUUCCUUGUGGGAGACGAUGUCGAUAUCACUGAUAUCAACCAGGUGCUUUGGGCGCUCUCUACCCGCUACCGACCUGGAGCGGACGAAUACAUUUUCGAUGAAGCGACUGGGCUUCCCUUGUUGCCGUACAUGAUGCGAGCUACGAGGAAAGAGGUCCCUGAUCCGGGCAAGGGAGGAAAGAGUGUUGUGAACCUGCUUCUGCCGGAAGAGUUUAAUGGUGAGAGGAACUGGCUACCUAGCAACUUCGAAGGAUCCUACCCGGAGGAUACCAAAGAGACUGUGCUCUCCAAAUGGGAGAAGUAUGGAUAUUCAAAGGAUGAGUGAAACUUGAGCCUCAGAUAGUAUAG